UUGUGACUGAGUCCAAGGCGGAGGCAGCCAUGCCCAUACGUGCCUACUGUACAAUUUGCUCGGAUUUCUUUGAUAAUUCGCGGGAUGUGGCCGCGGUUACGUGUGGGCACACGUUCCAUCAGGAGUGCUUGCUCCAGUGGUUUCACUCGGCUCCACAUCGUACCUGUCCACAGUGUCGAAUCCAGGUUAGCUCCAGGCAAAUUAUCAACAAGCUCUUCUUUGAUAUUGGUGGAGAGGAGGAGACUGUACUUGAUCCAGAAUCAUUGAAGAAUGAAGUCGACAGAAUAAAAGUCAGUCUGCUUGCAAAAGAGAAAGAGAAGAGAGAAUGUCAGGGUCUUGUGGACUCUUUACGGGAGAUGCUAGAUGUCAGAAAUGUCACUAUACAAUCCCUGCAGAAGGAGUUGGGGGAUAUGGAAAUGCUCUGUUCAACACUAAAGAAACAAAUGAAGUUCUUGGAUAAUCAGAAGUCAGAGACCAAAGCUGCCAAGGAUGAAGCUCGGAAGCUAAGAAACAAGCUGAAGACCAUGGAAAGCAUUGAAGUGUUGUUACAGGCCCAGAGACCAGAAGUGGAGGAGAUGAUCAGAAAUAUGGGAUCAGGACAGGCUGCGGUGGAACAACUCGCUAUAUACUGUGUAUCAUUAAAAAAAGAAUAUGAGAAUUUAAAAGAAGUCCGAAAAUCUUCUGCUGAGAUGACUGAGAAGCUAAGAAAGGAAAUAUUUGCGUCAAACAACAAGGCACAAAAGGCUGAGCUGCAGUUAACUAAAGUACGGGAAGAGCUCAGUGCCAGUCAAAAGGAGCUUCACAAUGCAGAUAAGGAAAUCAUGAGCUUAAAGAAAAAGGUUGAGUUUCUGCAGAAGACACUUACCACACCAACAGCAUCCAAUGAAGCAAUUAGUCGUUUGAUCUUUGAGAGUCCUGCACCCAUCGGGUUGGAAAGACCAAAGCUCCGGCCACCAAUAAUGGGGAAUGAUAUUAACCUUGAUGUCACUUUUGACAUUGAUACACCCGAACACAGCACACAAAAAGCUGUUGUAGCUCCGUUCAAGAAAAUGAAGUUUGAUAGUAAAGAGAGUCCCAUGUCCAGCCCAACGAAAACCCCUCUGCAGGAGAGCAAAGGUUUAAUGAGCUGGGCAGGAGGUAAAGCCGGAGCUGAUGAAGAUGACCUUACCUUGCCAUCGUUCAUUAAGAACUCGCUGAUUCACAAGAAACCUGUAGGGAGUCUACUUAGCCUUCGGCAAAACACAGGAGCCGUACGGACUGGAUUUGACGGUUUGGGAGGAAGAACUAAGUUCAUCCAGCCUAGUAACCUAACAGAAAUCCGACCCUUGCAUCAAAAGAUGAAGAGGAAAAAAGUUUCCAGGCCCACAGCAUGUACUUCCUCACUUGCCAACCAGCCCAGGCUAGAAGACUUCUUGAAAUAAAUAUGCACAUCUUGCAGCUUGGCAUCUAUAUGGGGAACUGUUGCUGACAUGUGAUGGGGAAUGGCAAUCCUCAUGACAAAAAUGCCCGUAAUGUCAAUGUAUGUGGAUUAUUUAAGCAGUGCAUUGACUGGGACACAGUAUGCCUUUAGAGCUUGAACUCUUGGUUUCUGACAGUUGCUAGGCACGUAGCUGUGAUGCAGGAAUGCAGAAGCUAAAACACAACUAUUAAAUGUAUAUAUUUAAUGCAUACACUGACUGGAGGCAGAAGCUUUAACCCAAACACCAGGCAUAGGAAACCAAAACUGCAGAACUACAGCAGACUAUGCUAUGUAUGGACUAUGCCUUCUUGAUUAUAUUAAACAGCAAUUCGUAAGGCAUAAAAGCAAAACCUUAGAAAAACAUUUAUUUAUUUUUUUUAUUUCAUUUUCGAUUAUUUUUUUUUUUUUUUUUAUACAAUAAAUGAUUUCUUAGGAAACUAGUAUAUGCCUAGGCUUUUUUUUAAUCAGCUGUUUCAUUUAUUAUCAACAUAUUGACCACUAAUUGUCAGUAUUCAUAUGCAAUGGCACAAUGGUUGCUUCUAAUUUCUUGUCUUUGAGCCAAUUAUCCUCAUCAUGUUGACUUUUCCAGUUCUGUACUUGUAGAUAUUAUACAAACUAACCACCCAGUCCCAUUUGACCAUUAACUAUUAUUUAUAUAUUUAUGACUUCAAGCCAAAGUAAAAGUUAAAGUAGUUUUAAAGAUCCAGUAACACCAAGAAAUGAAGACGCCCUAAAAGUAUUUGCAUAUAAGUCUGCACUUUUGAAACUUCUGAAGCUUUGUAGAAGUCAUGAUAUUUGUGGAAAUACCUAUAGCGAUUUUGGGGAGAAGUUCAUGGAUACAUGUUAUAUAAGGCUCUAUUGAAUGCUAUUCAACAAUUGGGGAUUUGUUUUGGGCCACAGAUAAGACAACUGAACAGAGCAGAGCCGAGCUGAUGGCAAACACUGCAGUAAAGUGCUGCUUCCAGAUGAAAUUUCCUUUUAGGUUUAUUUCCUUGUUGCUGCUACCAACCAUUUAAAUGAGAUCAUGCUUUUUAAUGACGAUGCCAUAUUUUUUUUAGCAAAUGUGAGCUAUGUGUAUAUCUGUGAUAGAAAUCAGAAGAGGUUUUUUUUUUAUUUAUGCUUCUGUUAAUGGCUAUGAGCAAUGUUGCCCCUUGAAGUUACUGCAACUAACCUGAAACAGUAUUUUCCUUUUGCAUACAAGCUGUUCACCUUGUACAAAGGUGCUAUUAUGGCUCCAAUGCCCACCCUCCCUUAGGCUAGAUGUUUACUUGUUGACUUUUCCCCAUGUUUCAUGUAAAUACCACCCUAUAGACUGAGUAUUCAGGUGCAUUCAGGAGCCACCUGGUAACUGCCAUACCAGAUAACAGUGGGACAAUACUGCUGCAGCUUUCUCAUUCAACAGACUCCAGGAUACAUUGUACAGGUAGAUUAGCUUUUCACCCAUAUUGUAAGAAAGGAGGUGUGCAACAAUAUAUUAGCACUUGGUCUUUUAUGUGAGCCAUGCUUGCUGAAAGGCCAACUUGUACAUAAAGAUCUUUGGGCAAUAUAUAUUAUUAUUAUGUAUAGGCUGGUUGGUAGGUUACAUUGCAGAUAUCUAUAGACAUGCCCUGGAAUCUUUAUUAAUGGGCUUAAUAAAUGUCCAGUGUCGUACAGUCACUUCUACAGCUUAUUUAUAUGAUUUGCCUUUCAGGAUGAGUUAGGCACAGCUGAUGUGGGAUGAGGUACUAUUGAAGUUUCUGAGCUUUUGUCUUUGUAUGGUAUUAUUUUAUUUAUUGUUCUUUGUUUGUGUCACAUUUCCAGUCUUACCUCUGUAUGAAUGCAAUGCCAAUAAAUUGUGUUUUUCCUUUC